AUGACGCAGUGUACGACCCAGCGAGAUUCCUCAGCUGGCCUCACUCAACCCAACCUGGAUGCCAUCGAUCAAUUGACUCGCUUUGGCCAGACCCUCGACGUCCAGGCCUGGCACCGGCACGAUUGGGCAACAACACCAACGCCAACACCGCCGCCACAACACCAAAGCCGCCAGACACACCACGCUCCUCCUCUUCCUCCUCCACCACCACCACAAACACAAUCACAACCACCACAUCAACAACACCAAAGCUUUCUGCAGCAAAACUCUCAACACCACCACCACCACCACCAAACUCAAUCACGUACCCAUCACCCACAGACAUACCAAGCUUCUUCAACGACAGUCCCAGCCCUAGACACUGUCUCGAACCAUACACGCGCCCCCUCUCCCUUCCAUGCCCCGGCACUCACCUCUACCGCCCCGGCAGACGUGCGAUUGGCCCACCGCCCCAUGACCGCAGAAUCGAGACCACAGCAGCACUCCAUGGCCACUGCCACUGCCACGCGCAAACGCAGUCGUGACGACUUUGAAAUCCACCAAGAUCCCCCGCACGCACGCACAGAAGACACCGAGAUGAUGGCCGAGUCCGAACAACACACUGAAGAGGUCGAGGACGAGGAGGACGAGGUCGAGGCUGAGGAUCCUUCCGACGAGAGCUCCGAUGAAGACGAGGUAGUCGACACGGGUGUCCAACGCGACAUGGACCGUUUACAAGAUACCUUUCCCGGUUUCCCCCAAAGAUAUCGCCUAAUCAAGAGGAUCGGUGAAGGCACCUUCUCGACAGUCUACAAGGCAGAAGACCUCCAAUACGAAUUCUAUGAUAACAGCUGGGAUCUCGAAGAGAAGGACAAUCUCGCUGCAAAGUGGACAUCCCCGCCUCUGAAGCCCAACGCCAGCAACACCUCAGUAACUCGCGAACGUCGCCGCGCCCGAUACGUCGCCAUCAAAAAGAUCUAUGUCACCUCGAGCCCCAACCGCAUCCUCAACGAGCUCGAGCUCCUCCACGACUUGAGAAACUGUGCCGCCGUUUGCCCCCUGAUCACGGCUUUUCGGUCCACUGACCAGGUCAUUGCUAUACUGCCCUACUUCCGCCACGAGGAUUUCCGCGAUUACUUCCGCCAGAUGAAGGUCUCUGACAUGGCCAUCUAUCUUAGAAGCUUGUUCACCGCCCUCAAGGCUGUCCACGAACACAAGAUUCUCCACCGCGAUAUAAAACCAACAAAUUUCCUCUACGACCCUCAGUCGCGACGCGGUGUGCUGGUCGACUUUGGUCUCGCUGAACGCGAAGGUUCUGACAGCAAACCGUGUCUCUGCCACGAGAGCAAAGACGUCCGCAAGCAGAGAAUCACCAACAGCGCGGCAUCCCAAAACGGCCCUCAACAGGGCUACCCCAAGACAGAUACUCGGCCGUCCAGAAGGGCGAACCGUGCUGGCACGAGAGGUUUCCGUGCCCCCGAGGUGCUUUUCAAGUGCACCGAGCAGACGACCAAGAUCGAUAUUUGGUCAGCCGGGGUUAUCCUUUUGACAAUCAUGAGCAAGCGAUUCCCCUUUUUCAACAGCGCCGACGACGUCGAGGCCAUGAUUGAGAUCGCCACCAUCUUUGGUGUCAAGCGUAUGAAGCAGUCUGGCCUGCUCCACGGCUGCAUGUUCGAGACCAACAUUCCCACCGUCGGCAACGCAGGAUUCUCGCUGGGAAAGAUCAUUCUCUGGUCUACGUGCCGCACCGAUGGCGGUAAAGACGGUCAGCCUGGCAUUCCCCUGACUGACGAGGAGAAGCUGGCCGUCGAUUUCCUAGAGCGAUGCAUGGAGCUCGAUCCUGCGCGACGCAUCAGUGCCAAGGAUGCGUUAGAGCACGAGUUCCUACGGGAGCCUAAGCCCAAGCAGUCGGUGGAGGUGGAUCACGAUGACGAUGAGAUGGAUAUGCUAGAGGCGUAA